CGUGCUGCUUGACGGCUGGUCGGUAGUAGCUGUUUUCUUUGCAAAGGAAUGUUGCUGCUGUAUCUGUGUCGGGAUGGAGGUCUGACAGAUGUUUUGAAGAAAAGAUGUUGGGACUGCACGCUCUUAUCGUAAUAUAUACCCUAGAUGAUGUGCAAAACAACAUAGUGAAUUUCACCACUGACAGGCAAAGAAAAACAUCUGGUCAACUUUAAAAGAGGCACCACUAAAUUCAGGAGACCAUUAAAGUCAGUACAAAGUGAUUUGGCAUCAUAUUUGCAUCUCAGCAUGGACCCUUAACUUUCUCGGCUGUGAGGACGCACUGGUAUACUUUUCCUCCUGUUGUCACCUAAGGAGUCAUCAGUCAGAGCUCCUCUCUACUGCAGAGUGAAGCUGGUGAAGUCCCGUCAAGAUGUUCUCAGCACUGAAGAAGCUGGUGGGCUCUGAGCCGGGCCAGCUCAAGGAGAAGAACAUCCCUGCGGGCCUGCAGUCCAUGAACCAAAGUUUGCAGAGACGCUUUGCCAAAGGGGUCCAGUACAAUAUGAAAAUAGUGAUUCGGGGAGACAGGAACACUGGAAAGAGUACCUUAUGGCAUCGACUGCAGGGCAAGAAGUUUGUGGAGGAGUAUAUACCCACUCAGGAGAUCCAAGCCACAAGCAUCCAUUGGAAUUACAAAACUACUGAUGAUGUGGUGAAGGUAGAGGUGUGGGACGUGGUGGACAAAGGCCAAAAAUAUGCUCUUCCUGAAGGAGUAGGCAAAGGCAAAAGACGUGGUGACAAUUUGAAACUGGAGAAUGAGCCUCAAGAGUCAGAUGAGGUGGCCCUGGAUGCAGAGUUCCUGGAUGUGUAUAAGAACUGCAAUGGAGUCAUCAUGGUGUUUGACAUUACGAAGCAGUGGACAUUUAACUACAUCCUGAGGGAGCUGCCUAAAGUACCCACCCAUGUGCCGGUGUGUGUGUUGGGAAACUACAGGGACAUGGGCGAGCAUCGCGUCAUCCUCCCUGAUGAUAUAAGGGACCUAAUUGCUGGACUGAACAGACCUAUGGGAUCAUCUUACAUCCACUAUGCGGAGUCCUCUAUGAAGAAUGGCUUUGGCUUGAAAUAUCUGCACAAGUUUUUCAACAUCCCCUUCCUUCAGCUGCAGAGGGAGACCCUCCUGAGGCAGCUGGAGACCAACCAGUUGGACAUGGAUGCAACGCUGGAGGAGCUCUGUGUCCAGCAGGAGACUGAGGAUCAGAACUACGACAUUUUCCUAGAGAACUUGGAGUCUCGCAGUAAGGGCUAUGGAUCUCCUGGUCCAGCCAACGGUCAGAGUCCCUCCUCAGGCUCUCAGUCCCCCAUCGUUCCUCCCAGUGGAGCCUCCACGGGCAGCUCCAGUCCCAGCACCCCACAGCCACCCAUUCCUUCCCAGGCACUCUCACAGUCACCGUCUGUAUCCGCCACCUCUCCCCCACCUCCUGCGGCAACAGCUGGUGGGGCAGCUUCACCUACUGCUGAGGUAAAAUCAUUGGCCCAGUCACCCGAACAUCUUCAAUCGUCAGCUACAUCUGGAGCAUCAGCACCCCAGAAACGCAGCUUCAUCUCGCGGUGGUUUGGCUCAUCUCCAGCCACUGAGACUGCUGCCUCUGCACCAGAGGAGCCUCCUGCACCAGUGUGUCCUGCUAAUGUGCAGAGUGUGGAUGAUUUUGUGCCAGAUGAGCGACUCGACAAGAGUUUCUUAGAGGACAGCCUGCCCUCCAAGACGAAGGUGCCCCAACCUGCAGCAGCUCCCACUCUGGACAGUGAUAGUGAUGGUGAGGAUAGAGGAAACCCCAUGGUGUCCAGUUUCCAGGAUGAGCUCGACCCUGAUGACACUGAGCAAAGCCUUCCCAACGCUAAAACCCUUCCCCCCAUUAAAGAUAUUACUCUGAGCAGUGACGAGGAGGAAGGAAUACCAACAGCCCCUGUAAUCACACAGGACCAAGACUUGGACAGUAAAGCUGAGCUCAAAGCGCCUGUGAUCCACGUCACAAAACCAAAGGUGGCACCUAAAGCUCCAGAUCUCCGGGGCCAGACCACAGCACCCAUCUCCCUCACUUUAACUCCUGCAACAGAGCAGUCAACCCGACACCAAGGUAAGAAGAAGGGAAGCACGCCCAAAGCUGAGGACUCUGAUUCUGACCCCGAGGCUCCUGUGGCUCAGCAGAUGCUCUCGUUUGUCAUGGAUGACCCCGACUUUGAGUCUGAAGCAUCAGACACACCAAAAAUAGCAAAGGAUACAUUUCCAGUCAGAGAUGAGCUUCUGUCUGACCUCUCUGAUGAUGACAUGCAGUUAGCCAAGGUGCCAGAACCCCUGAAGCCCACUGUGAUCUCCUUCAAACACAAGGACGACACCGACCUGUUUGGCCUUGGGAUCCAAGAAGAGCCUACUGCAACCAAGGAGAGCAGUGAGGAUCAGGAAGAGAAAGAAAGUAAACACUCCAAGGAAAAGAAGAAAAAGAAGAAGAAGAGCAAAGAGGAGGAUGAAAAGAGCAAGAAGAAACACAAACACAAGAAAAAGGAAAAAGACGAAGCUGCAGCAGCAGAUGAGAAGGAGAAAAAGAAAAAGAAAUCCAGGACCAAGAAAACUGAAGUGGACGAGCUGGAGGACUUUCUGGGCGGAGGGGCUGGAUCAAUCAAAAGAGACGACGCAGAUUAUGAAGAACUAUAAGAGCUCCUGCAGAAGAGCAGCAGGGGCACAUGGUUGUCGGAAAGGUUCCUGGUUGUUUGACUUGUAUGUGCAUAAAGCAGCAUAUCCAAGCCAUACAUUAUACAAGGCUACUGACAGCACCCAGGUAAAACAACCCAGGACUGUAUGUUACAUUUGUUUUCCCCAUCUGCACCUGUGCUGUCACUUCCAUUCCAACCAAUAAGAAGAAGGCUGGGAGACCCACAUGUACUGUAGUGAGUGGUGACAGAAAUGUGAUGAUUGAGGUGGCCACAGUUCAGCUCUUUGUACUCUGACUCAAUUAAAUAUGUUGGAUUAUGGUUUUAUUUGAUUUGAUCCCCGCAAACCAGCUGCUGUAAAUAACGGUUAACAGUUUAGUCUGAAUGUUGGUGUGGUUGGUGUAAUAAUUGAGAGCAUGCUCAAAGUGAGACGUGACUCUGUAAAGAAUGCUUAGUGUUCUUUCUCUUCAUUUCUUUCCUGCUUGUUUGCUUAAGUGGUUAAUAGAAAUUUUAGUCUUGUGUCUAAAUAUGAGCACUGAAGAAGAGUUUAGAUGAUUUAAGAAUCCUUCCCUUUAUUUUCUCACUCCUGAAGUACGUCGUCCACAGUAAGUCAGCCAUAUCUGUAAAUGGAUUUUUGUCUUUCUCAUGGCCUUUUCUGUGCAUUUAACUCAACAUUAGAUCCAUUCUUAAGUAACUGUCAUUAGGCUAUUUGUAUGUGGAUGAUGAUGAUGAUGAUUAUUAUUAUUGUUAAGCAACUUCAUCUCAGCAGAAGCAGUUUGGUGGUUUUCUAGUGCCGUCUUACUGCCAGAUUUUUCUUUUGUGCGUGUAAAAACAAUGACUGUUUUCUGGAGCCUCCUUCAGUGCCAGCGUUAGCUCCAUCUCACAGAACAAACAGAAUUAAGCUGAUGGCUAUUUUAAAAACAGGAGCAGUUUCUAAUCUGUUCUUAUUUCAAAAGGAUCUGUUAUCAAAGAGGCAGAUCUCUCAGCUCAGCAGCCGUCUUCAGUCAAAUCUGGGAGGUUAGUUUGAAGCCCCUUUCUGAAUGGGGAGAGAGCCAUGACUUCACUACUCCUCAUGCCUGCAGCACAGGCCGUGUGCAUGUGUCAGUGCAACAAUAUGAUUGGCUAAAAUGUUCCUCAUUUCAAGUGAUUGGCUCUUUGGGGGCAGGGGUGGGACAGCCAUCUUCAGUGUUUCAGAUCUCUGCCAGGCAUUUUUAAUCAGGAUUAUUUGUACGUCUUCUCCGUAUAUGUCUCUGUUCAUUUAAAAUAAUCUUUAUUUAGGUUAUACUGACAGAAGGUCAGCAUGUGAGUAGGGCUGCCAGAGUUGUCUGACAGAUUUUGAGAGUACUCACGCUUUUGGACAUGAAACAAAACCAAGAAUAGAAAAAACGUCUGAAGCCUGACUGCCACGUCCACAAACCAAUUUGAAACAUCACACUAACUGGAAGCAACCAGAAUAAAAUCUGCAAGUGACAAGACAUCAUCACCAAACAGUAAGACAAUGAGCCAAGAGCUACGAAGUUCCUGCAGAGCUGAGUUACAUUUCAAUCUGUUUUGAGCUGUUCUGCGUGAUGAGCCUCAGUUUUAGAGGUCCAGCACAUUCCCGCAUAAUUAUUUUUUCCAUUUAAAAGCAAGCUGUGUGCGAUUCUCUGAUAGUAUAGAGGGAUUCAUUUAGUUUCUGAAGUGGGAACAGUCAUUUUAAAAAGGAUGAAGAGAGCAGAGAACUUGUGAGUUUGCUCUAAGCUCACUGCUGCUAAAUGUGAACAUGCACAGCAGUGAGCUGACAGUGACCGUACUGAAAGAUGAUUCAAUCGUACCUUUAUAAAAACUCUUAAACUUUAUGGUCAUAAGAAGCUGGCUUAUUGUGGACAUAGUCUUGGUGUGAAACUACUUGCAGCCUGGUGUUUUGCUUUUAGUCACCUGCUAACGUUGCUUUGAAUAAUAAAACUUUAUCCACACGUCAAAAUAGCUGCUACAGGUUUUCUGUCCCACCUCUCUCUGCUUCACCCUACACUAAAUUCUCUUCCUGUUUUCUGAUUGCCUUAAUGGAAGUUAGUACAAGGGAAUGAUGUGCAGCUGUCCUCAUGAACCAUUUUAAGUGUUCUUACUGUAAACUUGGUCGGGUUAAGAAUGUUGUCCUAGCCUUUUAUUAUAGGUGGAUCUGUAUCAUCUUUAAAGCCUGUUAUAAGAUUGCCGUGACUCAGUCUGUUUUUUGCUUUGGUAUGAUUCUCACCAGACAGAAAUUCUUGUAAAGGAGUUUUAUGUUAACAUUCCCAAGAAUUUCUCUUUAUUUAUUGUUUCUAUUUUGCUGUUUUCUUGAAACCUGUCAAUUUUCUUUGCAUGUUUUUGUCCAGACUUUCCUAAAAUGUCAUGCAGCUUUUUUUCUUUCUUUCUUUUUUUUAAAAGGAGUCACAGCUGUUGACGUUUGUCAUCCAUUUCCUGUUACCCACCAUGCAGUGGUUUACUGCCACAGCUUCUUAAGAAACUCUGUGCGACUACAUGAUUUGCUCCACCUUUCACACGUUACUUCUUUUUUUGUCCAAAUGCCUCAAAAUAGCUCUGAUAUGCAUCAUCUCCUGAAAUGUUUCAAAGUAGUGAAGCUUCCAAGAUAAACCACAUGGAUUUUUUUGGACACGUUUAAUAUGGUUUUCCAUCUCGCGUGCACGCACGCACACAGUUAGUUUACAGAAAAGUUAAUUGUGUUAUUCCAAAGUUGAAACUAUGCAGCAUUGAUCCUGAAUACUGUAUGCUCUUCUUUUUAUUGUCUCUUGUCAUGUGAUUGAGGAUAAAUGCUGACAGCGCAGUUUCAAGCAAAGCAUGAGACUUAAAAUGUACAGCAAGAAAAGAAUGUAAAAAGUGUAUAAAUAAAAAGAUAUAUUUGAAGAGCUUUGUUCCAAAAUGAAAUGUACAACAUGUGGAAAUAAUGUCAUCUCCGUGAAAUAAAUACGGCAACGCUCCAGUAUGGGGCUGUUGUGACUAAAGUAAUAAUUUUUCUGAUGAUGGCGCGCUCUCUGAAAUACUGUUUCAGGCAUUUUUUUUUUUUUCCUAAUGGUUGUACAACAUUUUGGAAUGAAACCCUUCAUUUAUUUGUCACCCCAUGACAUGUUCCAUCUUUACACUAUGUGUGAGUUUGCCUAUGUUUGGUUUGUCCAAUAAAUGCAAACUUAUU